AUGGGACCCACAUGCACACAAGAGCCCGGCUGCAGGUUUGUUCCCAUCUCGACGGGGGACACCAGGAACAGCUACACCCACACCCCAGGGGGAAACCACAACAGCACCGCCACCUCCAGGGGGGUCACACGCAACGCCACCACCAUGGGGGCCACCAGAACCCACCCAAGGGGGCGACCAAAAAACCAAGAAACACCAGUCAGGGGGAGACGGAACCCCAACCCAGCGAACCCACGCCGAACGCCAGGCGUGGUGAUCUUUAGCACGAGAAACACCAAGCCCCCCAGGGAGACCAAACACAGAAACAAGUGCCCCCGCCAGGGGGACGACAACACAGAACACGCCACACCCAGGGGAUUUCAGAACUCAAGGAACCCCCACCCCAGUGGGGACCAACACAGAACGACAGGUUCUCUGCCGCCAAUGGAUGAGGGAACCAACCAGAACAACCACCCCAGGGGGACCAACACAGAGAACACGUCCGCAGCCUCGCCGGGGGACCAACACCAGAAUACAGCGCCCCCGCGAGGGGGGACGCCAACAGCAGGAGGCACCCCACCCCCAGGGGGAACCAACUCACAGAACACCCACCCAGGGGGAAUUAAUCACAGGGAACAACCCCACCCCAGGGGGACUAAACCACAGAACAGCACCACUGCCCAGGGGGGACCAACACAGGAAAGCCACCGCCAGGCGGGACCAACCAAGAACACACCCACCUGUACCCCAGCGGGGGACACGACAACCAGAACACCCACUUCCAGGGGCCACACAACACAAGAACACCACCAAGGGGACCAACAAAGCAACAGCCCGACACCGCCAGGGGGCACCUAA